UAAUGUCAUGAGUUGGCAUUUGGACUUAUUUUUUCAUGUUUACUGUUUUUCCCGCAUGAAGGACCUUUGACCUAAUAUUCCUGUAAUCAGGAAAAAACCAAACAGAAAAAACAAAAGCAGAAAAUUCAAGAAAUCAUCAUAUAUUGCUUUAAUUUGUCUUGACAAACUGAAAUAUUCUUUCAGUUGUCAAAACGAGAAGAAUAUUCCUCCAAACUCAUACUCGAGUUACUCUCAAACUCAUCAAUGGCAAAACCCAGCACUGCGUUGCCGGCGGUAAUAGUCCUAGGCCAGCCAACCCUUUUCAAUAUCUACGGCGAACAGUUAUCCCACAAAUUCCAAUUCCUUAAACCAUGGGAAUCUUCACUUCCAUUGGAACAAUUCAUUUCCACACAUGCUCAAUCCGUACAAGCCAUGAUUUCUUCUCCUAAAGAUUUCGUUGGCAAGAUUUCUUCCUCCUUGUUCUGCCUCCUCCCUUCGCUCCGCGUUAUCGUUACCUCCAGCGCUGGCGUUAACCAUAUUGAUCUCCUCGAGUGUCGCCGCCGCGGAAUCUCAGUUGCUAACGCUGUUUCCGUUUUCUCAGAGGAUGUAGCUGAUUUUGCUGUUGGAUUGUUGAUUGAUGUUCUUAGAAAGAUUUCUGUUGCUGAUCGGUUUGUUAAGAAUGGUCUUUGGCCUCUUCAUGGGGAUUUCCCCCUCUGUUCCAAGGUGGGAGGCAGGAAAGUAGGAAUUGUUGGGCUGGGAAGCAUCGGUCUAAAAGUUGCAAAAAGACUUGAAGCAUUUGGAUGCAUUAUAUCAUACCAGUCGAGGAAGAAAAAGCCUGUUUCUUACCCAUUCUAUCCUGACGUUCAUGAACUAGCGACCAAAUGCGAUGUCCUUGUCAUUUGUUGUGCAUUGACAGAGCAAACUCGUCACUUGAUCAAUAAGGAGGUUUUAUUGGCACUUGGGAAAGGAGGAGUUAUCAUUAAUAUUGCACGAGGAUCCGUAAUCAAUGAGAUGGAGUUGGUACAAUGUUUGGUGCAGAGAGAGAUUGCAGGUGCUGGGUUGGAUGUUUUCGAGAAUGAACCUAAUGUUCCCGAGGAUCUCUUUUCAUUGGAUAACGUUGUAUUGACACGGCAUGUUGCUGCUUGUACAGAGAAUUCUUUUCGAGAUUUAUAUGAACUUAUAUCAGGGAAUCUGGAAGCCUUCUUCUUGAACAAACCUUUGCUUUCUCCAGUUUUGGAUGACUAAAAGGUAUUAUUUCAACUUUGAAACGUAUAUUAUAAGAUCAGCCUUGAUGUUUAUCAACGUCUCAUUCUGGAUGCUCUCUGCAAAAGUGGAAAGUAUUUUCUGUGUUCCGUUACAAAUGCAAAACCACUAUGCUAUAUCCAGGGAGGAAGCAAAAUGAUUCAGCUACAACUCUGCAGAAAGGAAGUCAUUUGUUUUUUGCCAUUACAUGCACUCAUGCAGACGUGCAAAUGACUUGUCCUUGUGCUUGAGAAAUUUUUUAAUCUGCUGCUCGAUAUUCAAACAUCAGAUUAUUUUAUCCUGUAGCAACUAUUCCUCACUUUUUGGGUUGAAAAUAACUUGAACUAUUUGAUAUCUUGCUCUAUCCUACCCAACGUUCCUGAGUUCUUUUUCAGAACGAUUUCAUCCCUUGACAUAUAACAUAUCGAUUGAUUUAAUAAACCUAUAAAUCAAAGCUAGUGGUAAUCAUAGAUGUUGUGGAA